GGGGUUGACUCUCGGGUUUUAAGCCGAUUUCACGCGAGGUUGUGUGUUUAUGUCAUAUUUCAAGACCCGGCGUUGGAAUCGAGGCGAAGGAACGAGAUUCGGGUCGAAAGGAGCAAGUGAGGAUUGAAGUGGGCUGGAGGAAGAAAAUACCCGGCCAUGACCACAAAUACCCGGCCGGGUAUUAUUCUGAGGAGACCGAGGAUUUUCCCUUUUGGCGUUUGAGAAACAGGGGGGGUCCCGGUCUGAAAGGCAGAAAUCCCCGACCGGGGAUUAUUGGAUGAGACCGGGUAUUUUCCCCUGGCCAAAACGUGCGUUUUAACUAUACCCGGUCGUGACCCAAAAUACCCGACCGAGUAUUUCGACCGGGUAUCGCGACAGGCAGCUGUUUUAAGGGAAAAGAAGGCUGAAAAUCAAAGGAUUGGAGUUUUAGAGAGAGAGAGAUCAAUUCCUAGAGUGAGAAAGUGACGAGCAAGAGUUCCCAAGUGCCCUAGUUUGAUCUUCAUCACCAUUGGAGGUCAGUUUGAGCUUGGAGAAGUGCCGAUCAACGUCCAGGAGCAGGAAUCCAACCUUCACAGUAUGAAUUCCGCGUCUGAUUCUGCUUUUGCUUCUUUCUCCAUGGAGUAGUUCUCCCAUUCAUCUGGGUAUGGAGAACCCUAGAUUUGUAUGUUAGGCUUUGAUUGUAUGAACCCAAGUACUGAUUCUAUGAUUUGAUUAUAUUCGAUUGAGGUUUGAAUGAUUGAAUGGCAUGAAUCCUGAUCCAAUUCCUGUUGUUUCUGCUUUGACCUAGAAUGAGAAUAUCUGCCUAGGUUGAUAGAGCAUCCUUGAUUGAAGGUAGGGAGUUGGUGACUUUAGUCGAGGAGCCAACUCACUAUUCUGUACCGGAUUCACUCCGGUAGUGGAGGUUUUGUUUGUUAAGGCCUCAAUCUGUUUACUCCGGUGGAGGUUAGUCGCCCGCUAGAGACUCAGAUUGAGAGGGUCUGAAGACCUUUAGUCGAGACUUCAGGCUGUUUAAGAACCUUCCGCAGUAUAACUAUCAUAGAAACUGAACUUGGUAAUUACAAUCCGGCUUAACUGCAGUCUAGGGGGAACCAUAUCCGGGUGACCUCUCUUAACCUGAAUACAACCCCUUUAGUUGCUUUGUUAGUUUGUUAGUUUAGACUUGCAUUAAAGUUUCAUUGCUAGAUAACAAGAAUUCACUGAGUAGUCAUCAAAUCUAGGACCCGGGUUGAUAAUUAAACCUAAACCCGCUAUACUACGCUUUAGGAAGUGGUUCCACUUGGCCAAUUCCUGGAGUGACAGUAGAAGUGAGUCAACAUCACAAAUAUGUACUACAUGUAUAUUAGUACUAUCAUUAAACAUAAAAGUGUAAACAAGAUGUUUACAAGAUUUGAUAACUUGAUAAUUUGGUUGGUGAUGACUCGAUAUUUGCACAUGUUUUCCCCUUUGUUUCUUGAUUGUUUGAGCUUUAAUUAUUGCGUCUUUGGCCUAUUUUACGCUAGGUUGUGUUCCUUUGUCACAUUUCAGGUCCUAGCACAUAAAGUGAAGCAUAGGCGCAAGUUUCAAGUCAAUCAGAGAUCAAUUGGCGAUUAGAUAGAAGAAACUCGGGCAUGACCUGAAGAAGAAUGAAUUUCUACCUCACUUUAUGGACAAAAAAUCAUGCAAGCUUGUCAUGAAAAGAAAGAGGACGAGACUACGAGCGUCUGGGAUCAAACGGCGACUGAUUUGGAGUCCGGACGAGGGAGAAACGAAGCAUUGAAUAUAGGGGAACAGGUUCGGCAGUAAAAACACGGGCGCGCCUAAAUCAAAACACGGCCGUGCCCAUAUUUAGGCACGACCGUGUUUUGGCCGACGCGCGCGAGCGUGUUUUUAACACGGGGCAAAACACGAGCGGUCAAAAGCAAAGCACGGCCGUGCCCUCGACCGUGUUUUGCCCAGAAUCAGGUUUUUUAACGCAAAUUCAAGCCAAAGGAGAGGAGGAGCUGGGUUUUGGAUCCCAAACACCCAAGGGACGAACCAAAGAGAGAGAGGGCGAUUUGAGGGCAUUCUUGGAGUAGAGAAGGAGGAUUUCUUCGUCUUGGAAGCUCGAGGAACAAGCCCGGACUUGAAGACUGAUCAUCUGAAGAUUCUUACUGCAGUCUCUCUCUUCUCUAUGGAGUAACUUCCCUUCACUUAGGUUUUGAGGAACCCUAGCUAUGUUUGUUUGAUUGGAUGAUUGUAUGAGUACUCUGACUUGAUAAUCUUGAGUUCAUAUUCAAUCUAUGCAUGUUUUCAUGAUUCAAUUCUGCUUUAGUCGAGAUUAUUGAUUCUGCUUUGAUCCUAUGAGAGGGAAUACCUGAUUAGGUCAAUAGAGCACCAUAGAUUGAAAGUAGUGGAUCGAUUGCUUUAGUCGAGGGUCGAUUCACUGCUUUGUAUCGAUUGAGAACCUCUUUCGAUAGAGGGAGUCUAGUUCAGAACGCCUUGAUCAGUUGUUCUAGAGAAGGAUACGUCCCUCUAGGCAAUUGACUCAAGAGGGCCUUGUUCCUUUAGUCGAGACUCAAGGUCUAGUCAAGGAUUCUCCGCAUUGUGAAUGAAAGUGAAACAAGUUGGAAAUCAUCAAUUGUUUGUCUGGCUAGUGGCUAGUGUGAAUCAUACCUAAGUGAGUUCCCAACCUGUAAUUAGAUUAACUUAACUGUAGUUUGCUAGAGUAGUUUUAGUUCUUUCAUCUUGAUCUGGUUUGCUAAAUAAUAAACUGAAGCUGAGUAAUAGUAACUCUAGAGACCCGUGGAUUCGAUAUUUAUCACUUGAGCCACUAUUCUGCAGUCCCUUCCAUUGGUUACACUUGGCCAUUGUUAGGUGUUGUGUUUUAGAGCAGUCAAGUUUUUGGCGCCGUUGCCGGGGACUUUCUAGAGUAUUAGGAAAGGCAGAAGUUUGUUACUUUAGCAUUUUUCGUUUCUUUUCUUUUCCACCCUUGCUUUUCACUUGGGUGUUUUUGUUUUUGUUGGUGCAGAUCUGAAUCAUGGAUCCUAAUGGCUUCUCCAAUCAUUGGGGGUAUCCACCACCACCUGAGUGGUAUUACCCCGAGACUCCGUGGAGCAAUCAAGGCGGAGAAGACUAUGGAUUCGGGUUCCAGUACCAACCCCCUUACUACGGAGAACAACCGGACCCCUGGGCAUAUCAAGAACAACCUCAUUACCAAGAAGAAUUUCUCCCACAACCAGAAGGGCCAUUGGAGCUGGAGUUACCCAUGGCGGCCUUCACGGGCCAUUCUGCAGAGCCAUGCUACACUCCACAGCCAGAUCCACACUAUGAUUUGAGGCUUCUCAUGGAGAGAUCAUGCUCCAGUAUGGAUCAUUGUGUCCAGGCCUAUCGUGAAACAGAGGGGAUCCUCCUGAGCCUUAAGAAGAGCGUCGAUGAUCUUGAGCGAUCUUGGGCGCAACCUGCUCCAGAUCACCCUUCUGCUACCAUACAAGAAGAUGAGGAGGAAGAAGAAGGCUACAAGGACAUUGUGGAGCACACUGAAGUUGUCACGGAGAGCUCCCGUGAUGAUCAUGAUCAGGAGUGUCAUGUCGUAGCCGACCACACCUUCCCACACCCCAAACUGAGCUUUGAAGAGGCGGGCAUGAGUGAGGAGAUGCAAGAAGAUCUCAUGAAAGAAAUUGCUUGGCAACUUGCUCUCCAAUCCGUGCUAGAAGAAGAAGAGCAAGAAAGGGUGCAGAAAGAAGUUGUGGAGGAUGAAGAAAGUGAAGCAGGAGGAGUUCUUGAUCAUUUCCCAGGGGUGAUACCACAUGAAGAAGGAAGGGAGGUUGAAGAAGAAAUUGGCGUCCAGGCUGAGGACGGAGUUAAGGUGGAAGAGGCCUGCACCGGCCAUGAGUUAUAUGUGAUAUCUCCACCAAACUUCGAGGAACUGCUUAGCAAGGACCCAUUUGCAGUGUCUCUUUGCCAGACCAAGGCCACAUCGACAUCGGUCACUCUUGGUGGACGCGAUGGUGGUCAAUCGAUGCUGUCAUAUCUGGUUUGGGGCAAUGAGACGAGAGAAAAGAAGAAGAGGUCUCGAGGGUGGAGACGUUAGCUGCAUCAAGUGCACGAGCUUCCAUCACCUGUCAUACCACAUGCUCGUGACUUGAGACUCCACCUCAUCGACGAGAACCUCAACUUCAAGGAGGUUUUGGGGUGGACCGAAACUUAGGAGCCAUCGUCCAGCUCACGACGUGAAAGAAGCGCUUGUUGGGAGGCAACCCAACUAGUCGGUUUGCAUUUCUUUCUCUAUUUCUCUUUGGUUGAGUCAGUUUUGUUCUUUGAUUUCAGAGUCAAUAAUUCAACCUUUGUGAG